AUGGCACCGGUCCUGACGCCGCUGCUCCGGCGAGCCUUUGCCGCUGUCAGCGCCUCUCCUCUUCCUUCGGCAACGGUCGACACCGGAGCAGCAGACGGCCCUCUCGGAGAUGCCACGCGUGUCCUGAGCGCGCGGGAUACCGGCAGCAACCGUCCCGACCCGGGGAAGGGCGUGCUGGACCCGCACGAUAUCUCCAACGUGGGCUUCUUUGUGCUGUUCGCUCUGCUUGGUUUCGCAUUUGUCGUGGCGGCAAUCUGGUUCUUCUUCUGGGCACGCAAUGGCGGUUUUCACUUUAAGCAGACGGACUGGGAGGACUACAAGACGGCCGUGCUGCGCAAGCGUGGUCCCAAUGGUACGCUGCUCUCGGGUGCCACCGAGUCGACGAAUCUUGGUGGCGGCAGUGUCUACAAGGAUGUUGCCGACGACGGCAAGACGACGAUCACGGAAAGCACGGGACUGAGCGGCAUCACGGCGGGCGCGAGCGACAUUGCGGCCCGGGAGAAGAGAGAAGAGAAGCGUGCCAAGAGGCAGCGGGAGCGCGACCAACGCAAAAAGGACAAGAAGCGCAGCGAGGUCAGCAGCAGCGCCGGCGGCGAGUAUGAUGAGAAGCAGCAAAAGAGACGCGUCGGCGAAAAUGGCGAAGUGCUGGACGAGGAGGCGGAGUUGAAGGCCCGCGAUGAGCUGCGCAACUACCGCCACGAAAAGGCCGCACGGGUUGGCGGCCUAAACAAGCAAUCAGAGGGCUCGUCGUGGGACGGAUCCAACCCGACUGCUAGUCACACGGGUACCGAAUCGGAGCUCCUCCCCAACAAGCAGAGCACGCCAACCAAUACGCCAACCAAGGACAAGAAGCGCGGAGGCGGCAUCCGCAAGGUGUACUCGACGGCGGAGCGCAACGAGGAUCGGGAGGCGGAGAGGAUCCGCGCCGAGGCCAGGCGUCUCCGGGACGAGGGACGCACGCACCGCCGGGAUUUCUCGUUCCAGCGCGCCGAGGCGACGGAUAGUCUGCUGUCGGGCAGUGGUGUCGGAAGUAGGAGCGAGGUGACGAGCGCGGAGGGCAGCGAGCUCGGGACAAAGAGCUACCACCACUCGCGGCCGGAGAUUUCGAGGGCACAGAGGGACAAGGACAGGGAGGAGCGGAGGGCGAGGAGAGGAGGUUAUAGACGUGGACGAGGCGAUGAUGAGCUUUAG